CCAUUAUUUACCUGUCCACAGGGGAGUGCAAUGAGAAACCGCUCAAGUUUACCACCGGUUCAUGUGCACUUGAAGAGCCAGAUGGUCAAAACACCAAAGAGACCACCAGGAAAGGCCUUCUUACAUGGUGCUGCAUUCAAGUGGGAGGGCCCAACACAUAGUCUUGACAUUGUACCCUUGCUCCCUGAUCCUGAGGAUUUGAGGCCGUCAAAGCCACUGGAAGACAUCACAUCGGAGGAAGUGGUGGAAGGUCUACAUGAGCAAAUUAGCCAGCAAAACAAGAAGAUUGACAUCUUACAGACUGAAGUGAGAAGUCUGAAGAAUGAAGUGGAACAACAGAAGAAGGAGCACCUGACGGAGCAUCACUCAGAUCAGGAGGAGGAGCCUGAGGAGAAUGUGCGAGACGCCACACAAUUACACCGAUCCAUGAAGAAAAUGCUGGGGAAGGCUGACUGCAACAGGCUUGAAAAUGAAAAAGAUGCUCUGCUUACCAAACUGGAGGAGGCUGAGAUGGAUGGGAAAGUAGUUGUCAACCAAGUCUCAGCCCUGCGUGAAUCCAUUUCAAAAGUAGGGAGCAGUAGGCUGUCUCGCUUUCAGUCUUCAGUCUUGGCCCGUCACAAGGAGCACUUGUUGCAGAAACUGGAGACAUUUGAGUCAACAAACCGCACACUACGCCAGUGUCUGCGAGAGCGGCGUGACUACCAGGAGAUGGCGUCAGAUCAACUGUUGGAACAGAAGGACACUUUACUUAAGAGUUUGGCAAAUAUAGAGGCAGCAAACGCUCAUCUUGCAGUGAAACUUCAAGAGAAAGAGGGAGAAGUUAAUCAACUCAUUAAACUUUUAGAUAAUGAAAAGGAAAAUGCAAGUAACACAGCAGAUUUGACUCAAAGUUUGGAGUCAACAAGAGGACAUUUACAAGGACAGCUUCGCCAAAAAGAGGCUAAGAACAACCGUCUUACUGUGCAGAUCAAGAACCUGGAUCGAGCAGUUAACCAGCAGAAAGGAGAAAUGGAACAUCUGACGGAUCAGUUGAUGAAGAUAAAGCAGCAAAACACAGAAGAAGAAGCUCUGAAGCGAGCUGCACAAGCCUACAAACAACGGGCUCAGCUCAGUGAGGACACUGAAGGACGGCUGAGGCUUCAACUGCUGGACGUGGAAAAGAAGUUUGCAGAUGCAUUGGCAGAAGCUGAGACCUGGCAAUGUCAACAUGUUGAAAAAAUGACAGAAAAUUAUAACCUGGAGGCCGAACUUUCUGUCCUAAAAAGCCAAACCUCAGAGCUCACAGAACAACUGCAACAUGUUCAGAAUAAAGUCCGAACAAAGAGAGAAGCCUUGCUGGAUGAGCUGCAUGGAUUGACUACAGAGAGGGCUGCUGCCACACUGGAGAACCAGUCCCUCAAGGUUAAAGUAUCAGCACUGGAGAAAAAGCUGAGUUCUUCAGUAUCAGAGCUCCAACAGGUCAGAGCCUACGUCAAGCUGUAUGAAACCCUAGUGGAAGGUUAUAAGAUCCAGCUUGUAAAGACCCGAGCUGAGGCUGAUGAGGAAUAUGCUCAGCUGAGUCGUGCUGAACGGGACGCACAGACUAUGCAGGGGAAGCUACAGCAGGAGAUAGACGCAGUGCGUGGCGAGCUGUUAGGGCGGCUAGUGGAGCUGGAGCCUCUUCCCGAAGCUGUACAACGCUCAGAACUGCAGCUGCAGGAGACUCAAGACAGGGAACGCAGCCAGGAGAGACAUAACAUGGAGCUGAGUACGACGCUAACUGAUCUCAAUAUCAAGUUGGAGAGUCAGAGCAGCCAGAUGGAGCUUCUUGUUCAGAAGAACAAGUUGUUACUAGAAGACAACAGACAACUUCAGAACCAAGUGGAGAAUCUGGAAAGAAAGCUUAAGGAGGCUGGCAGUCAGAAAAGCGACCUGACAGCACUUAUCACCAAACAGGAAGAAAAUAUCCACAGCACUCGUCUACGUCUGAAUGAAAAAAUAAUGGAAAGCACCCUGCUGAGCCAAAAGCUGGAAGAGGCUCUGGAUGAUGUUCGCCAACAGAUACUGGAGACCAGAAACGAUGCUGCAGCACAUGAACUCUCUGCCCAAUCGAAGAUACUGGAACUGGAGACUCAACUCAGCAGGACUACCUCAGAAAUCAGCCACGUACAAUGGCACAAAGAGGAGGUGGAGCAACAGUAUCAGAUCCAACUGCAGGCAGUCAAAGAUCGGCUGGAACAGUCUGAGCGCGUCAACCAGAGUCUACAAAACUACAUUGUGCACCUGAAAAACUCCUACGUGGACGUGUGUAGAGACACAGCUGUUGGCCGCAAACCACGUCCCUCCUCACCAAAGUGACACAUCACCCAUCAUGUUUUAAGUUUAAAAUUCAGAAGUGCUUGUCUUUAGGAGUGUUUAGUAAGGUGAUGUCAUGAAUAGCACAAAGAAACAGGAAACACUGACGACUGUAGAUGCAGCUCCCAAGGAACUGUAGAGCAGAAGAUGACACACUUCAUCAUCAGAUCAGACUGAUUUAAAUCAAUCCAAGUCUGUAAGUGAGAAGCCAUACCACCCAUGUGAAACAAAGUCAAGCCACUCAUCUGUAUGAGAACACAAGACCUAGUGUGCAGAAUCAUAGCAGCAGAUUCUCUGAAAUGACAAAUCAAAAGUUUAAAUAUUUGGUUGAGAGAGACAGCAGUUUAAGUACUGGAUUAAUGGAUUUCUUUUAGGUGAGAAGUUCAUGCAGGUGUUCAUCAUGCAGUACUCUCAAGGAGGCAGCUAAUUGGUUCCAAGCUCAUUCUCCACCAUAAUGAAUC